AUGCUCGAAACUUUGAUCCUAGACAAUGGUGCAUACACCAUCAAAGCAGGAAUAGCUACCAAUCCGGAAUCACUAUGUCACAUUCCUAAUUCUAUUGUCAGAGGCAAGCAUGAUCGAAGGAACUUUGUUGGAGACGAGCUGAACAAUUGUCAAAACUAUUCCGCACUAUAUUAUCGGCUUCCAUUUGAAAAGGGACUUCUGACAAAUUGGGGAAUCGAAAAAAAUGUCUGGGAUAGAGUGUUCUCCAACAACGUACUGAAGGUCGACCCCACACAACACAAUUUGAUCCUCAGCGAACCAUGCUUCAAUUUACCAAACAUGCAAGAGAUGUACGACCAAAUCGUCUACGAAGAAUACGAGUUUGCUGCGUCCUUCAGAACCAUCGCUCCUAGAUUAUGUCUUUACAAUGAUAUUCCAUCUUUGUAUGGUCAACGACAAGGGUCAGCCCCAGAUUGCGUGGUCAUUGUUGACGUUGGAUACUCUUUUACGCAUAUUGUGCCAUUUGUCAACGGUGCUCCUGUUCCAUCGGCUAUAAAGAGGAUCAAUAUUGGAGGUAAACUUCUCACUAACCAACUGAAGGAGCUGGUAUCUUUCAGAUAUUACGACAUGAUGGAGGAAACAUAUCUCAUCAAUGAUGUGAAGGAAGCAUGCUGCUAUGUUUCAAAUGACGUCUUUAAGGACCUUUCGAUUUGUCGAGCUCCGCCGUCCAAGAACAAAAUUAUUCAGGAGUACGUCCUCCCGGAUUUUACUAAAAGACACAAAGGAUAUAUAAUACCUCGUGCUGAGGAUGGAAGCUUGCAAGGACGGCGAGCAGAUAACACGGAGCAGAUUCUUACCAUGAAUAAUGAACGCUUCAUGAUCCCAGAAAUCCUUUUCAAUCCUUCCGAUAUUGGUAUGAAUCAGGCUGGUAUUCCUGAAGCCAUUUAUCAAAGUGUACAAGCUUGCGAUCCAGAUGCUCAAGGUCUGCUUUAUGCGAACGUGGUGAUUGUGGGCGGAAACGCAAACUUGCCAGGUUUCAAAGCGAGAGUUCAAAAUGACCUGCGUAGAUUCGCACCUGCAGAAUACGACGUCCGCGUAUCUAUACCCGAAAACCCUGCUGAUUAUGCAUGGUCUGGAGCGCAGUUUCUAGCCUCAGUUGAUGACGGCGCGAGGCUUCAAAACAAGCUGGUGACUAGAAAGGAAUAUUUAGAGCACGGCAGCGACAUAUGUAGAAUAAAGUUUGGGAGUUUCUAG